UGAAUCGGUCGGGGGUCCCACAAUGCGGCACGCAGUGCGCAUGCGCCGCUUUACCGGAAGUGUUAACGUUAUCGUCCACCAGCUGGCAGCCGAAUUGUCAACAGUCGCGCUUGCUGCGGAGGACGACAGUCGAAACGAAAGAGACGCCCGAGACGUCAUCACCGAGGGAUCGACUGUGCAAGUGACUGCCACGUCCACGGGGAGGAGGCCCAGCGACCCUGCCGUCUCCUACGCGGGGGCCCCCGACCAUGAGCUCCAGAGGGAGUGGAGGCCGCUCCAACGGCACACUACCGCAGACCAAGAUCUGCCAGUUCAAGCUGGUGCUGCUGGGCGACAUGGCCGUGGGCAAGUCCAGCCUGGUGCUGCGCUUCGUCAAGGGACAGUUCGACGAGUUCCAGGAGACGACCAUUGGAGCUGCCUUCCUGGCUCAGUCGGUGUGUCUGGACGACACCACGGUGAAGUUUGAGAUCUGGGACACCGCGGGACAGGAGCGCUACCACAGUCUGGCUCCCAUGUACUACCGAGGCGCGCAGGCCGCCAUCGUUGUCUUUGACAUCACCAAGCCGGAGACCUUUGAGAGAGCCAAGGCCUGGGUGAAGGAGCUGCAGAGGCAGGCCAGUCCCAACAUCGUUAUCGCUCUGGCCGGGAACAAAGCCGACCUGUCGGAGAGGCGACUCGUGGAUUAUGAGGAAGCCCAGACGUAUGCUGAGGACACCAGCCUGCUCUUCAUGGAGACCUCCGCUAAGACGGCCAUGAACGUCAACGAGCUCUUCCUGGCCAUUGCAAAAAAGAUGCCAAAAACCGACACCCAGAACCCGACGCACGCUGCGCGACACCGGGGGGUCAACCUCCAGGACCCCGACGCCCACUCCACCCGAGCCUGCUGCGGCGGCGGGAACUAAACCUCCACCAUCCGCACCGCAACCACCACCCCUUCCGCCAUCCCGUCUCCUCCAGACAUCUUCCAGGGGCGGGGCCUGGCGAGCUCGCCCUCCACUCAUCCUCCUGUCCGAGCAGACAUUCAGACACAGAAAACCCUAAAAGGAGAGAAUAAGAGGCAAGGAAGAGCAGACCGAGUCGCAGGAGAACGACGUCCAAUGUCCCACGUGUUUGUCCCUCGAGCGCCACAACGAGGCGGACGGAGAGGAGAGAAUGUGGGAGACCGCUGCACGCCUGUUGUAGUAUUUAGCACUAAUUUGUGAUGUUUAUUUUGUGUGUAUCGUGUUCACUUCCUGAUUGUGUAACAAAAAAAAACAAAAUCAAUGCACAGAAUGAGCAGCACGCGCUGGCGAGCGGCCAAGAAGGGAAAGGGGAGAAAAGGAAGAAAGAAAAAAAAAAGGCCCGGACAUAAAAGACACUUUUCUUCUCCUCCUUGUUGGAACUUGCACUUGCUUGCUUUGCCUCCUGCUUAGACCCGAAUCACUGGAAGCCACAUCGUGUAACCCUGGAAUGAUCCCGUCUUCUGUGGCCCCUCCCUCCCUCCCUCCCCCACAUCCGCGGCGCGGCGUGCUGAGAGUCCGUUUGUACGUAUUUAUUGUCCGUUGUUUCGACGGCUCCGGGGUCUGAGGCCUCCCUCCCUCUCCUCUAAACUCUACAGGAGUUUGUUUCUCGUUGAUCCGUCCGGUCGGACGGACUCGCUUGUUUUUGAGUGAUUGCUGGAGGUGCUGUGUUCCUAAAAUAUUUAGUUUUCAACGCUCACAAGAACAAAUGUGGGAAGACGAUGUAGACUUGAUCUGAAGUGUGCGUGUGGUCAUAAGACUUCAAUAUGAUGUAUGAGCAGUAAAUGUUAAUGACACGUUUGUAGCAGAGUAAUUAAUCCCUAAAAAGAAAGUAUCACUACAUCUAAAAAAGACUUUGAAUCCUCGCAUUGGGUGAAAAGUUGAAUCUCACUUCCUGAUUGUUGUACUGGUGCUGGUUGUCCAUCUCUGGCUCCGCCCAGAUCUCUAAUCUGGCUUCACAUAAGUGAUGUAUUAAGAGAAGGAAUGAAAGUUAAAUAUUAUAAAUAAAACCUGUACUAUGCCCCGUAGGAGUGUUUAACGCCCCCCCUCUCUCCUUCAACUGUCCGUUUGUCCUGAAGCAAAGUUGUCUACCAUCAAGAUGCAGUGAUCUGAUCUUCAUUUAACUCAACGUGAUGCUCUUCUAACGGAGCCGUGUGCUUUGGUUGCUGUCCGAAAAUGGAGCGAAUUGAUGAAAAAAAAAAAAAAGACAAAACAAAGUGCCUAUUUGUGGGUUUCUUUUUCUGUAAAUGGUUUUGUGUGCUUCGUAGGCCAGUGCGGGAACGGUGUCGCACUAUAGACCAACAACGUGUCGUUGGGUCGUGCUGUAUCGCCUUUGUGUGGAUGUAAAGAUCUCGUUGAAUACACUGUAUGUCGUAUAUUGUCUUACUUCUAAUGCAAGUGUGUGUUGAUUUUAGCAGGGCACACUUGAACCUGAGAUAGAUUCUUUAAAAAAGGACUUAAUGUUAUAAAUCUGUUGGAUUUAAACUCA